AUGUUCGAGAAAAAGUUCAACAUUGAAGUACAAACUUUACAGCCUUUACGUGAGUUUCUUGCACAACUGAAAGAAGAAGGUAGUCGGCCACAACUUAUAGACUUUCAUUAUGAAUUUAAUGAAAAUGAAGAUGGAACACAUGACUGUCAUUUUGUUAUAUAUUCACCAUUCAAUGAAGUAGCUAAAAAGAAAAAAAAUCCAUUACGUAUAAGAUUUCAAAUCUCUGAACCCAAUGAAGACUUCAAGAAUGUUUUCAAUUAUGAUGCAAUGCUUCCGAGGAAAAAUGAAUUUUCAAAGAUUGUAACACCUGGCAUUUGGGAUAGAAAGCAAGCUAUAUUAUAUUCAAACUUAAGUAAGGGAGUUGAAAAUGAGUUCAUUGGUCAUACAAGAACUUCACCACUUCCUAACCCUAAAUACUAUAAAUUAACUGGCUUCAAUCGUGAGUUUUGGAUAGACAUGUUCUCCACUCAUGACCAUAAAUGUCCAGUGUUCUUGCCUCCAGAUGGGAAGGACUGUCUCUACAUUGAAACACAACUCUUAAACUCUACCAUCGCAGUAUUGUAA